AUGGUUGUGAUCAGUGUCAAAUCCAUUAUGAACAUGUCGUCUACCACUAUGUCGCUAGUCCGAUACAGCAAUAUUAUCCAGCCAAUGUUUAAAGAAGGAAAGUCUAUUUCAUCAAUUCACAGAGAGUUGCAAAAACUCAACUCCGAUGUAACCUACUAUCAAGUGCGAAAAUUUCUGCAGGAAUGCCAUUCUCGCAAUCUUCCAGCGAGAAGGAAAACGUAUCAUCCGCGGUCGCUUGCUCCUUAUUUGAGUACCAUCAAGGAGAUAAUUGCGGAUACAUACAAAGCAGAUUCCUCGGCAACUAUCGCAUUUAUUCUUGGUCGUCUUCGCGAGCGUAACAUUUUCGUCUCUGCCUCACAAGUGAGAGAUAUAAGGAAAAUGCUAGGCUUUGUUCGAGCAACGACCAAGUAUUGUCACAUGAUUCGCGACGUCAAUAAAGAAAAACGGAUCGAUUUUUGUACAAGAAUGAUUGAUAGCAAAGAGGAUUUUGCCAAUUGUAUAUUCACGGACGAGUCCACAGUGCAGGUUGACUGCUGUGUUAAAUACUGUUAUGUCAAGAAGGGUGACUUUUACUCGAGGCUGAGGUCUAAGGCUAAACACCCUGUCAAGCUGCAUCUGUGGGGAGGAAUCUCCAUGAGAGGAGCCACAGAGUUAGCUAUCUUUCCUGGAGAGAUGAGGCUAAAUAGCCAAAAGUAUUGUGAAAUUUUGGAGAGAUGCUUCGUUCGUUUCAACAGGAGCAUUUAUAAUGGUAACUUUAUCAUGAAAUGUAUACAAUUGAGGCAGCAGAUAAAGAAUGUGGAGCAGCUCAGAGAUGCUGUACUGGCUUUUUGGAAAACACUAACUCCAGAAGUAUGCGCCAGAUAUGUUAAAGGCAUACAGUUGAGAAUGGUCAAGGUAGUGGACCAAAAUGGACGCAAUAUUGAGGAAUAA